UACACGCGGUUUAAAGGUUAGGGUUAUGUUUUUGUCAAGGUUUAACCGUUUUUAUAGUUUUCCCUUCAAGAGUUUAAUACAAACAAAUAGAAAAGUUAUUCCUUUUCUGUUUUAUUUCGAGUAGUUCCGAGAGGAAAAUAUUAAAAAAAUGUCGAUACUUGCUGAAAGAAAACGGAAACAGAAAUGGUCCCUAAAUCCCAGAGGAAAACUUUGGUCUGAAGAUGCCAACAAGUUUGGCCAAAAAAUGCUGGAAAAAAUGGGUUGGUCUCAUGGGAAAGGUCUAGGAGCCAAAGAAGAUGGACGUACAGAACAUAUCAAAGUUAGUUAUAAAAAUGAUUCACAAGGUAUGGGUUACAAAGAAACUGAUGACCAGUGGACAGAGCAUCAAACUAACUUUACUGCUCUUCUAGAAACCCUAGGUGCAAAACCCAAAGAAUCAGAAAUUAAAUUGAGCUCUUUGGAAAUUAAGUCUCAAAAUUCCAAGGCAAGAGUACACUAUAAGAAAUUUACAAGGGGUAAAGACUUGAGUAGAUGUUCUGAAAAAGACUUGGCUAAUAUAUUUGGCAAAAGAUGUUUAAAAGAGGCAAACAAACAGGUGAAAAAUGAAGUUGAAGAAACUAAAGAGACCCAAUCUGAUGAGCAAUGUAAUAAUAGAAACUUUUCACAUGGUGGUUUAAUAUCUGAAUAUUUUAAAAAGAAACUGCCAGGCUUUGGUAAUACUAAUGGUUUUGUUGUUAGUAACAAUGGAGUUUUACCAAAGACUGAUGAAUCAGAUACUGAAGACAAGCCAAGUUUUGGCUUUGGUUUCACACAAGAUAAUUCUGACAUUAAAAAUAUAAACAAUGACUUGAAACAUAGAAGAAAACGAUCAUCUGAGUCAGAAAGUGAAUUAAAUACAAAUUUUGGAUUUGGAUUUAACAAUAGACUCGAAUGUUCCACAACACAUACUAAAACCUCCUUUGUUUCAUAUAUAAAUGGAAGUUCAGUCGAAGGAGAAUCAAUCAGCAAAAAGAAAAAAGACAAGAAAAAAAGAGCACUAGAUGAUUCUGAAGAGAAUAUUGAAGACACUCCUAAGAAGAAAAAGUUAAGCAUAGAAAAUAUACCAGAUGAGUUGCCCAUUAAAAAUAAAAAAGAUAAAUCCAAAAAGAAAAAUCAGGAAGAUUGUGGAUUAUCAAAUCCAGCAUUUGAUCCAAUGUUUUCGCCUUCUAAUAUAGAAAAACAUGUAUUGGAACCAAUUGAGGAAACCAUGGAUGAAUCAUUAAAUGAUACAGCCAGUCAGGUAGCUAAAAUGUUUGAAGUUCAAGUACAAAUUAAUAGUGAAGUUACUCCAGUAAAACAUAGCAGCCAUGAACCAGAAGGUGGAAGGAAGAAAAAAAAGAGAAAAGAUGUCGCUGAUACAGUUGAAAGCAAUAAACCUUCUGUUACUUCUUCAGAUGCAAUAAUGGAUCAGUCAGAAGACCAAGAAACUCCAAGGAAAAAGAAGAAAAAAUCGAAAGUUGUUGUUGAAGAAAUGGACACUACAGAAAAUGUUAACACCAAUAGUGAAUCUAAAGAAAGCAAGAAAAAGAAAAAAAAAUUGAAAGCUGAAAGUACCUUGGAAGGUACAAAUGAUUCUCUAGAAAGCGCUGAAACUGAAAUAAAUACAAAAAAGAAGAAAUCUAAAGCAAAACAAUCUGAAGGCAUUGAUAACCCUUUUUUUGAUAGCUUUGUAGAAGAAGAUCAACUAGCUUCUGAGACAAUUGAAAACCCUUAUGAAAUUCAAGUGAAACCAAAAAAGAAUAAAAGAAAAAAAAGCGAUAAAAGUAAAGAUAAUUUUGCUAUAGAAAAUCCUACUUUUAACGGAAUAGAUACUUCAGAUCCGCAGGAUAAAAAAAAUGAAGAGUUUGAAGUAAAACGAAAAUCAAAAUCAAAUAAGAAGGCCCAAGUGCCAAAGGAAGAGGGCGGCAUUAGUAAUCUUGCUAUUAAUUUAAAUGAUUCUUUAUUAGAAAAUUGUGAUUUGAUGCUUAAUAUCUGUACAACACCUGCACAGCCUAACAUGUCCAAGGCCGAAGAGCCAGGAAGCAUACAAAAAGUAAAAACUGCCGUGGAGCGACGGAAGAGUGUUAGAUUUAGUGACGUAACACGAGAGAGAAUUAUCCCCUGUAAAGAAGAACUUGAGAAUGAAACUUUGGAUGACAGCAGAAAUAUUGUGGAACUUGAAGGCAAGUUAAAUGAUAGCGCAGAUUUGUCCUAUAUAGAUAAGUUCAUCCAAAAAAAGAAAGCAAAAAAGAAUAAAGGACUUGAUAAUGAAGCUUUUGACCAACAAGCCAGUAAUAUAGAAGAAAAUAUUACCGCAAUAUCAAAAACCUUAGAUAGCUAUCAAGCAGAAAUCGAAAAUGAUAUCAACGAAAACAAAGCAAAAGCAUUAGAAGUCGAAGAUAUAAUGGUUGGCGAAGUGGGUAAUCCAGACGGCACCAAUGAAAAAUUAUCGGAUGGUAGCGUUAAGCUGAAGUUUAAAUAUGCCAGUUUUAGGAAAAGUGCACCAUACCUUCAGAACUUGACCGGCGCGAAAAAGUCUUAUAAGCAUCUUAUUAAGGGAGAUAUAGUAUUGGAUUUUAAAGAAUCAAAUUUGCAUGAAAUUGAUGGAUAUGCAGUGGCUAAAGCUAGUUAGUAGUUUUGUUUUACUUUUGCUUUAUAUUUAUUGUUUUGUUGUACAUAAUAUUCUAAUAAAAUGAAAAUGAAAGGGUUUUUAAAUAAUCAA